AUGCUCUGGAGGCUGGUCCUGCUGGCCUUGUGGGCGUGGCCAUGGGCUCUGGCCGGUGACCAGCAUGCAGAUACUACCUUCGACCUCUUCAGCCUCAGCAACAUAAACCGGAAGACCAUCGGAGCCAAGCAGUUCCGAGGGCCUGACCCCGGUGUCCCGGCUUACCGCUUUGUCCGCUUUGACUACAUCCCCCCGGUGAACUCAGACGACCUUGGCAGGAUUGUUAAGGUCAUGCGGCAGAAGGAUGGUUUCUUCCUCAUGGCCCAGCUGAAGCAGGACCGGAAGUCCCAGGGAACGCUGCUGGCUCUGGAGGGCCCUGGUGCCUCCCAGAGGCAGUUUGAGAUCAUCUCCAAUGGCCCAAGAGACACCCUGGACCUUGCCUACUGGGUAGAGGGUGCGCGGCACAUGGUCUCGCUGGAGGACGUGGGCCUGGCCGACUCCCAGUGGAAGAAUGUCACUGUUCAGGUGGCCGGGGAGACCUACAGCUUGUAUGUGGGCUGUGACCUCAUCGACAGCUUCACCCUGGACGAGCCCUUUUAUGAGCAGCUGACUGUGGACAGGAGCAGGAUGUACGUGGCCAGAGGAGCCUCCCGAGAGAGCCACUUCAGGGGCUUGCUGCAGAAUGUCUACUUAGUGUUUGAGAACUCCGUGGAAGAUGUUCUACGCAAGAAAGGCUGCCGUCAAGGCCCAGAAGCUGAAGCCAACGCCAUCCAUGAGCACACGGAGACACUGCACCUGAGCCCUCACCUCACCACGGACUUUGUGGGCCACGGCGUGCAGAAGAGGCCUGACGUGUGCACACACUCCUGUGAGGAGCUGAGCAACAUGAUGAGCGAGCUGUCUGGGCUGCGUCUGAUGGUGAACCAGCUCAGCAAGAACCUGGAGAGAGUGUCGGACGAUAACCAGUUUCUCUUGGAGCUCAUCGGAGGCCCUCUGAAGACCAGGAACGUAUCAGGCUGCUUGCAGGACGGUCGGUUCUUUGCAGAAAAUGAAACGUGGGUGAUGGACAGCUGUACUUCGUGCACCUGCAAGAAAUUUAAAACCAUUUGCCACCAAAUCUCGUGCCCACCAGCAAACUGUGCCAACCCAUCCUUCAUUGACGGCGAAUGCUGCCCCUCCUGCUCCCUCUCCGGCGAGGCCGAGGCGGGCUGGUCCCCGUGGGCCGAGUGGACGCAGUGCUCCGUCACCUGCGGCGUGGGCACGCAGCAGCGCGGCCGCUCCUGUGACGUCACCAGCCACGCCUGCCGCGGCGCCUCCAUCCAGACGCGCGCCUGCGCACUGGACAAGUGCGACACCCGCAUCCGGCAGGACGGCGGCUGGAGCCACUGGUCGCCCUGGUCCUCGUGCUCGGCGACCUGCGGCGCGGGCAACGUCACGCGCAUCCGACUCUGCAACUCGCCCACGCCGCAGAUGGGCGGCAAGAGCUGCCGGGGCGGCGGCCGCGAGACCAGACCGUGCGAGGCCGCCCCGUGCCCCGUUGAUGGCCGCUGGAGCCCGUGGUCUCCAUGGUCAGCCUGUACAGUCACCUGUGCGGGAGGAAUCCGGGAGCGUUCCAGGGUCUGCAACAGCCCCGAGCCCCAGCACGGAGGGAAGGAUUGCGUGGGAGACCUGAAGGAGCACCAGAUGUGCAACAAGAGGAGCUGCCCCAUAGAUGGCUGUUUGUCCAACCCUUGCUUUCCGGGCACGGAGUGCACCAGCUUUGCUGAUGGGUCAUGGUCCUGUGGCUCGUGCCCUGUGGGCUUCCUGGGCAACGGCACUCACUGUGAGGACCUGGAUGAGUGUGCUGUGGUCACAGACAUUUGCUUCUCUACCAGCAAAGUUUCCCGCUGCGUCAACACCCUACCUGGCUUCCACUGCCUGCCCUGUCCCCCACGCUACAAGGGAAGCCAGCCCUUUGGAGUUGGCCUGGAUGCUGCCAGGACAGAAAAACAGGUGUGUGAGCCUGAAAAUCCAUGCAAGGACAAGACUCACAGCUGCCACAAACACGCAGAGUGCAUCUACUUGGGCCACUUCAGUGACCCUAUGUACAAGUGUGAGUGCCAGACAGGCUAUGCAGGCGAUGGGCUCAUCUGCGGGGAAGACUCAGACCUGGACGGCUGGCCCAACAGCAAUCUGGUGUGUGCCACCAAUGCUACCUACCACUGCAUCAAG